AUGGCUGUGUGUUCAAGCCCGAAUUACAAUCUAGGCCCAUUACACCCAUUUUCGACCCAAACUAGGCCCGACGUAAACACCCAGCUCUCCUUGGCUAGGGUUUGCUGCAUUAGAAUUCAUUUUCGCCCUUUCGCAGUUCAAUCUCAGACAUUCGCCCAUCUCUCCAUUUGCUGCUCCCAGUUAAGAAUGGAAGACGUACAAAUCGAGACCGACCAGGAAGCAAACUACCCGCCUGAGGCCAGCCCUGGCGAGAAGCGUUCGCGCGAGGGCAAGAUUAGGUCCAAAGUGUGGCACCACUUCACCAAGAUCCUCAAAGAAGACGGCAAAUGCGACAAGUGCCAAUGCAACCACUGCCAGAAGCUCUUCACCUGCUCCAGCCGCAGCGGAACCACCCACCUCCUCCGUGGCCCGCCGGCAGGGUCGCCGGACCACUCGAUAUCGGCGGCUCUGAGUUGUCUGAACGAGAUGCAGGAUAUUCCGCAGUCGAGCGAGAUGUAUCUGGACGCGUUUGAGAUUCUGCAAGACGCGGGGGAAAGGGAGUGCUUCAUAUGCCUGCCGCCGGAGCCGAGACGGAGGUGGCUGCAGAGGAUGCUGCACCGGCGACACCCCUUGCGCUAUAGCUCCAACAUGUCAUGA